AUGGCGAGGUCGGGAAUGUUGUGUUGUAGUGGCAACUUGUUGAAGAUUGUAUUGGUCGGUGAUACAGGAGUUGGUAAAAGUUGUUUGUUGGUGCGUUUUGUUGAUGAUACAUUCGCGGAGUCAUAUAUCAGUACGAUUGGGGUGGAUUUUCGUUUCCGGGUUAUCAAGAUAAAUGAUCGGCCAACUCGGUUACAGAUAUGGGAUACAGCGGGUCAGGAGAGAUUCCGUACGAUUACAUCCGCAUAUUAUCGUGGCGCAGAUGGAGUGGUUGUCAUGUACGAUUGUACGAAUAGGACAUCUUUUAAUAAUGUAGAAUCAUGGGUUACCGAAGUCGAUAAACAAUCAGGAGGAUCCGCGAUUAAGAUCCUAGUCGCAACUAAGUCCGAUGCCCUCGAACGAACAAUCUCUACGGAAGAAGGACAACAAAAAGCUAAGUCUCUUAACAUGCUCUUUGCAGAGACUUCCGCUAAAGCUCCAAGUCGUGUUGAAGAACCCUUUAAUAUACUCGCCUCCGAAAUUAUCAAACAAACGUAUGCACACAUUACAUCCCUAUCUACCACUUAUGGACACACACUCUACUACUUUUGA